AUGUCGUCACUUGCGACGUCGUCCCCGCUUCUGGACGCAGCGUCCUCCAUAACCCAAGAGAAUGGCGCCCGCCAUCGCUUCGUAGUCGACAUCUCGCCCGAAUGGACCACGCAACACUCCGUUCUAGGAGGCUUCCUGAACGUCAUGGCCCUGUCUGCCACGCGAAAGUUCCUUGCGCAGGAAUUCGGUGACGCCCAGUACCCGGAUCCCAUCCAUGCCUUCGUGCAGUUUUUGAAAAUGGUGCCCCCGGGCCUGGUUUCCCUGUGUUGCACUUGUCUGCGAGUAUCCUCGCGACAGUGCGUGGUGAGGGUUGAACUGGCCCAAACGAAAUCUCUCCGUCCGCCGCGGGACCCUGCUUCGACUUCGACCGCAGAGCCCGCCGCCGUAGCAAUUGUGACCUAUGCCGAUCUAUCCAAAGAGCACGGCCUGACGCAGACAGCCGCAAAUCCGACGAUUCCGAGCCGAUUUCCAGACCGAGUCCGGGAUUGUGCAGUCAUCGACGACCCCAUAGUCGAUGCAACUCCCGUCACCAGCAAACUGAACUGGGUUGCGCCACGCGCAUCCAACGGGUUAUGGGGCCACCGACUGGGAGGCCACCAGCGCGAGGUGUGGAUUUCGUUCCGGGACGGAUCAGCCAUCUCGGAUGUUCUGCAUCUCGCGUUGCUGUCUGAUAUGCCCCUGCAGCCACCCGCAACUCACGAGCCCAAGUUUUAUGAGCGGUACGCUCUCUUCACGCUGUGCCUGUCCGUGGAAUUCAAGAAACGACCGCAUCCGUCCACGCAAUGGGUGCUUGUCAAGUCAAACUCGCACACGGUCCGUAACGGUCGAUACGACGUGCAGGUGCAGAUUCUGGCGGAGAAUGGCGACCUGCUUGCCUUGAGUCAUCAUGUCCUGCAUGUUUUCGGGUUGCGAGCCCGGGAGAAGGCGAAGAUGUGA